AUGUACUUUUGGUCAAACACACCUGAACUACCUGAAAAUCUUACAGCCAGCCAACCAGAAGCAAAACAAAACCGACUUACCAGAUGCAGACCCAAAAAAGACAAGAUGGUUGGAUCUCACUGGACAAGCAUUGAACAAAGAGAUUACCUUGAGUCUCAAUUCAGCGAAUUCCUGAAACAGCAGCUUCAGGGUGCUUUAUUGAACUUCUGGUCUAACGUUAGCGCGGAGUUCUUACAGCAAUGGCCUGAAAUCAAUGUGCUGUACCCAGACAAGACACCUUCGGAGCUUAGCGAGGCUGAGAAUGAGGAACUGGGAAAGGCAGUUGAGGUGCGCAAGAAGCAACUCAAAAAUUGGUUCAAUGAUAGAUCUCACAAAAGUGGUCGGUCACAACUUAAUGCAAUGACAAAAUCAAUUACCAAGAUGAUCGGCAACAAGGCAAAAGGAACUUGGAUCAAGGAGAAAAUCAAGUGGAGCUUGCUCAUAACUAAGAACACCAAAUUGAUGGCAGUCAGGGAGUCGACAAAAGUGGCAUAUGAGGCUGCGCCAUUAGAAAUUCAAUUAUUAUGCAAGACAAAGGUUGCUGAAGAACAUGAAGCCAAGGCUUCUACCAUCCUCUCCGAAGCUGCAGCAACCAGCACACCUACCAACACGCUGUAG